UUUGCAACAUAAAGCUAUUAGCUUGAAGCUAAGCUAAACGUAUUUAAUGGGGCCUGCACCGGACGAGACCUCAUCUGCAUCAGUACAAAACUGAAUGUUCAGCUUUUGUAGAUGUCGACGUGCUCCAGCUAUUUAUACUCAACCAGCCACAAUGUUAGUUUAUAUGUAAAGAAGGCAAUUUUGAAGUGCAAGUCCAUAAAUGCUAUGCUUUUCUGGGAGCAGACUCUGCCAACUCAUGACCACUGGGGUGACUAUGGACCUUAUGGACCCUGCAGCCGCACUUGCGGCACAGGCGUCUCGAUGAGAACCAGAACCUGUGUGACCUCGAGGACCGACGGGGGCCACAACUGUCUGGGCUCCUCCAAGUCUUUCCGGACCUGUAAUACUCAUGAAUGCCCAGCUGGUUCCAAGGACUUCAGGGAGGAGCAGUGUUCGCAGUUUGACGCCUCAGACUUUCGGGGGAAACGCUACACAUGGCUGCCUUAUUAUGGAGGAUCUUCUCAUUGUGAGCUCAACUGCGUCCCUAGAGGCGAGAACUUCUUCUACAGACAUCGCCCCAAAGUCGUGGACGGGACGCCGUGUCAUCAGGGGCGCACGGACAUCUGUGUGGACGGGACAUGCAGGGCUCUGAUCCACGGCGAGUUUCUGGGUCUGGACCAAGACUCUGGUUCUGUCCAGACCUCUGUGCCGGUUGCUCCUCCCCCUCUAGGUGACGCUCCAGUAUAUUACUACAAAAGCGGCGUCUUUGGCGAGUGCUCCGCCUCGUGUGGUGGAGGAAUGCAGCACCGCACCGUGGAGUGUUGGAUCCAGGACCCGGAGCGCCCUCGUGUGGUGGAUGAGUCCCACUGUGUGGCGCAGCGAGCGCUGCAGCCUCACAGCCAGCAGGCCUGCAACUUUCAUCCCUGCAGGGGGGGUUACACCGUCACCAGCUUCAGUGUGGUCGGUGGAAGCCUGAUGUUGGUAGUUGGGAUGAUAACUUUGACUCUCAUGUCGAGUCCUCUGUUGCGCCAGUGUUCUGUGACCUGUGGCGAAGGGCAGCAGACACGAAAGGUCGCCUGUGCCGGACCUGGAGGUCAGAGGUUGCCUGACUCUGCCUGCCAGGGUCUUCCAAAGCCAGCUUCAGUCCAAGCCUGUGUCCGACCCUCAUGCAGCUCUGAGGUCACCUGGCACGUGACGGACUUCGGACUGUGCAGUCAGAGCUGUGGAGGCGGUCUGAGGGAGCGGCAGGUGGGCUGCUUUGAUUUGGACCUGAACCCCAGCCCAGAGUCCCGAUGUGUCAACUCCAGCAAACCCGCCGCUCAGGAAGCCUGCAACACACAGCCGUGCCCCGGAGCUCAGGGUGAGUCGCACCUGAAGAGCUCACCAGUGAAGCCUCGAACAAAACGUUCUGUUUCUGCAGUGGUGCCGAGUGUGCAAGACCCAGCAGGACACGAGAACAGCGUCAGAGUCUUUGCUCCGCAUCCCACACCAGCGGCUUCUAACACGACCGCUGAGCCGUGUUCACAGUCGCCUCAUGGCUGCUGCCCUGAUGGUUCGACUCCAGCUGCUGGACCCAGGAAUGAGGGCUGUGUCCCCGAUGACUGCGUCCGGACCAGGUUUGGCUGCUGUUUGGACGGUGUGAGCGCAGCUCAAGGGUUCGGUCGAGCAGGCUGCCCCGAUUAUCAGAGCCCAGCGGUGGUGGGAACUCAGAGCCCGACUCCCACGACGACCCCGUCCACGAGGAACGUCUGCUCGCUUCCUCGUGACGAAGGCCCGUGUGAUUCCUGGAGGAGCAGAUUCUACUUCAACUCAGUCUCUGGAAAAUGCACCAGGUUCUGGUUCGGAGGCUGUGAGGGCAACACCAAUAAUUUUGUAUCACUGCUGGAAUGCAGAAAGGCUUGCGGUGGUCUCGGGAGGUCCGGUCAGGAGAGAAGAGCGUCCAGUGCUGGUCAGAGACAGAGGAAGUAACCUGGCGAUUCAGAUAGUGCCAUGUCAUGGGUCCUUUUUGUAUUAUGGUGUCAUGUUUGCUGACACAAAAGUGUGUUUCUUUCUUCCAACAUCUGUUCAAACAUCAUAAUAAACAUGGGGGCACA